AUGUAUGCAGCUCCCAUAAUAGCUUCAUCUAUAUCCCCUCAGAGCAGCGGAGGAGAAACGUUCUACUACAGCCCGUGGAUCAAGCAGAGCCCGCGGCCGGAAACACACCCAUGCGACGACCUGCGGGGCGAGAGGGAGGCAUGGUACGCCCAGGCUGAGCGCGUGGGCGUGGUGAUCGUGGGCGGGGGCCUCGCCGGCCUGUCUGCGGCGAAGACCCUCGCGGACAACGGCUUCAGCGACUACGUCCUCCUGGAGGCGCAGGAACACCUGGGGGGCCGCGUGUACACCGUCAGGGAAGGCUCUAUCACGGUCGAAGAGGGUGCCGAGUGGAUUCACGGAGGCUGGCGGAACCCCUUGUACCGCAUCGCUCGAGAGAUCGAGGCCGUGGAUCCUCUUUUGCCAGACGAUGCCUUCGAGUGGCGAAUUGUGACCCAGGAUGGAGCUCCGGUCAACAAGUCCUACGGUGACCUUUUGGAGGAACUGAGAGAUGUCUGCGAAAGGUCGGACUUCGGACUCCUGCCUUACUACGACCUCCCUUACGGCUUGUGUUAUUUGAACAGGUUUAGCCAAGAAUAUGCCCCAGUGAAGGAUGCCGGCAUAAGGAGAGGCUUACUUCAUUUUCUGGAGCAGGUACUUGAGCUCCCUUUUUGCAAGGGUGGAUACGUCGACUUGGGCAUCGCCGACAAGGUCCAGCUCGGUUGGGCGACCCCGUGGUGGGGCGACAGACCGCUCACCCUCGACAUCAUCUGGACCUCCAAGGAUAUUCCUCAGGACAGGCUGUGGCUAUACAACAUCGUGAACAUAGAGAGUCCUCACAGCGCGCCCAACGUCCUGCAAGUGUUCCUCGUGGGAAGAGACUCCGUCACGAUGGAGAACCUGCCCGAGGAGACGGUCCUGGAGCACAUGAUGUACUUCCUGAAGAGACUCACCCGCGCGGAGGUCCCGGAUCCCAUCUUCUUCCACAGAACAACAUGGUACAACAACCCCUGGACGCGCGGAGCCUAUGAAACGUACAUCAGCCUCUGGGGCGAGCAGCAGGGCAUGGAGAGCCACGACCCUCUGGCCAUCCCCGUCGCCAACUCGAACGGCGUUGAGGUGGUGGCGUGGGCGGGCGAGCACACCCACAGCACGCGCUUCGGGACCGCCGACGGGGCCAUGGCCACGGGCGAGCGGGAAGGCUACAGGAUUCUCGACUUGCUUGAAGAGCAGAGACUCUAAGGACGAACAUUUUUUUUUUUUUUUCAUUUUCCUGGUCGUCAUUCCCCAUUCCUUAUGUUGUGUCCCCUCUUUCUUUCUUUCUUUCUUUCUUUAUUCAGCUAUGUUUCUUUUGUCUUUCUUUUCUGCUAUAAAUCCUAUUACUUUCCUUAUUCGUUUUCUUCUUAAUCCAAGAUCUUGCCAUUCUUGAUUUAGGAAGAAGGAUCAUUCAUGGAAGAGGCAGGGGGGGGGGGGGGGGGUCACAGCCAAGAUGGAUGCAAUUGCAUGCCUUCGAACCAGACAUCACAGAAGAGACAUGAUGAAGCACACACAAGGAGAAAAACAUUAAGAGGAAUAUGUUGCGCGAAUAAUGCUAGAUAGAAGGCUACAGUUCCAAACGCCUCUAUUUGAAAUACACCAAAUUAAAGGAAAACAUGAAGGGAACCAGUCAUUGUAAGCAAGUUAAGAAAAAAGGACGUCCAGCUCAGAGACAUAUCACACGGAGCAGCGGAAUCUCCCUCUUAAUGCGACUGAAUUUCGAGAAUCGAGACAGCCAGAGAUGCAUCAAUAUCUCGCCAAUGGUAUUAUGCGGCGUAUUAAAGUCUACACCAAUCAAAACGUGUACUAUAUAGAUAAUACCAUAUUAUAGUGUAA